UCCGCGGUAAUGGAGGCUGAGGAUCAGUGCUGACGGCACUGGAGCCUGCCUCUUGCGUUAGCUCUACCCCUGUCUCUGGCACUGACUCACAGUGUAAGGGUCUGGCAACUUGAAGCUUGGGCACCUUUUUUCGUCUCUCUGGGCUGGGCGGUCUUCGGACAAGCAACUGGCUCAACGCGGGGAGGGAGUUCUCUUGCUUGGGGUCCAGUCUGUAAAGCUGCCGCCUCCUCGCAGGGAUCCCGCCCCACCGGCCGGGCCUCCUCCAUGCGGUGUCAUUCUUCAGUUUUUAAGCUGUAUUGUUUAGGAAACAGAUUUUGGUAUCCAUACUGGAGGAGCUGUGAUUUUGCCAGAUUGAUGAAGACAGUUUCUUUUCAAGUUGAAACAGGUUGACAACCAUUAACCUGGAUUGCAACUACAGGUGGCACUGGAAGCAGACUGGUUCCUGGACAUGCCCGGUGGAAGGAGGGGCCCUAGUCGGCAGCAGCUAAGCCGUUCAGCUUUACCUUCUUUACAGACUUUGGUUGGUGGGGGCUGUGGCAAUGGAACAGGCCUGAGAAACAGGAAUGGUAGUGCUAUUGGCCUUCCGGUUCCACCUAUCACAGCCUUAAUCACCCCAGGUCCUGUUCGUCAUUGCCAAAUUCCUGAUUUGCCUGUGGAUGGGAGUCUGCUUUUUGAAUUUCUCUUUUUCAUCUACCUGCUUGUUGCACUGUUUAUUCAGUACAUUAACAUCUAUAAAACAGUGUGGUGGUACCCUUACAAUCAUCCUGCUUCUUGUACUUCAUUGAAUUUUCAUCUCAUCGAUUACCAUCUGGCAGCAUUCAUCACAGUGAUGCUUGCAAGGAGGCUUGUAUGGGCCCUCAUCUCAGAGGCCACUAAAGCGGGUGCAGCAUCUAUGAUUCACUACAUGGUUCUGAUAUCAGCUCGCUUGGUGCUGCUCACUUUGUGUGGAUGGGUGCUUUGUUGGACACUCGUCAAUCUCUUCCGAAGCCAUUCAGUCCUCAAUCUCCUUUUCCUUGGCUACCCGUUUGGUGUAUAUGUUCCCCUCUGCUGUUUCCACCAAGAUAGUAGAGCUCAUCUUCUUCUCACAGACUACAACUACGUGGUUCAGCACCAGGCGGUAGAGGAAAGUGCCUCAACUGUGGGUGGCUUGGCCAAAUCCAAAGACUUCCUCUCCUUAUUGCUGGAGUCUCUAAAAGAACAGUUUAAUAACUCCACACCCAUCCCCACCCACAGCUGCCCUCUAUCUCCAGACCUCAUUCGAAAUGAAGUAGAAUGUCUGAAAGCAGAUUUCAACCACAGAAUCAAGGAAGUUCUCUUCAACUCCCUCUUCAGUGCCUACUAUGUUGCAUUUCUCCCCCUGUGUUUUGUGAAGAGUACCCAGUACUAUGACAUGCGCUGGUCGUGUGAGCACCUCAUCAUGGUAUGGAUCAAUGCUUUUGUCAUGCUUACCACACAACUACUGCCAUCCAAAUACUGUGAUUUGCUACAUAAAUCAGCUGCUCAUCUGGGCAAGUGGCAGAAGCUCGAACAUGGGUCCUACAGCAAUGCUCCACAACACAUUUGGUCAGAAAAUACAAUAUGGCCUCAAGGGGUGCUGGUGCGACACAGCAGAUGCUUAUAUAGAGCCAUGGGGCCUUACAACGUGGCAGUGCCUUCAGAUGUAUCCCAUGCCCGCUUUUAUUUCCUAUUUCAUCGUCCAUUAAGGCUGUUAAAUCUGCUUAUCCUCAUUGAGGGCAGUGUCGUCUUCUACCAGCUCUAUUCCUUACUGCGGUCAGAGAAGUGGAACCACACACUUUCCAUGGCUCUCAUACUCUUCUGCAACUACUAUGUUUUAUUUAAGCUCCUCCGGGACAGAAUAGUUUUAGGCAGGGCGUACUCCUACCCACUCAACAGUUACGAACUCAAGGCAAACUAAGCUGCCUCUCAAAAAUGAGGGAGAACUCAGAUAAAAAUAUUUUCAUACGUUUUAUUUUUUCUUGCAAUUUUUAUAAAUAUUUAAGAUAUUUUAUAUUUUGUAUACUAUUAUGUUUUGAAGGGGGGAAGGGUAAGGGAUAUUAAAUGUAUCCAUAAACAAGGUGAUGUGAUCUUUCAUGUGUUAGUAUAUUCAAAUAAUAUACAGAUGAGAGGUGUGCUUCUCCAGUAAAGAGAUUGAUUUGUUUGUAUGGCUCCAGAAUAGCUCAUUCAUUUAUGAACACAUCUCAUAUACCAUUUAACAUAGUACCUUUGGUGCGUCUCCCUUUCUUUCAGUCCUUGUAGUUACUUUUAGUCCUCGGUUGGCCUUAUUGCUACAG